UUGUUUUACUAUUGCAAUUUUUUAUUUGGCAACCGGCACUUUGUAAAAUGUCUUCGCCCGCUCCACCCAAAUCACCGGAAUUAUCCGAUAAAAGCAAAAAAUAUGAUAGACAAAUCAGACUAUGGGGCGAACACGGACAAACAUUGCUGGAGGCGGCCACAAUUUGUUUGGUUAAUGUGACGGCUGUGGGUUGUGAGGUGGCCAAAGGACUCGUGUUGCCUGGAAUUGGUGGCUUCACCAUAGCCGAUGGCAGCACCGUCAAAGAGGAGGACUUGGGCAACAAUUUCUUCUUAGACAGUAGCUAUUUGGGGCAAUCCAAAGCCUUGGCCUGCAAGCAAUUGCUACAGGAGCUCAAUCCCGAUGUGGAUGGCGAUUAUGUGGACGAGAGUGUGGACUACAUUCUAGCGAAUCGUCCCAAUUUCUUUGAUAGUUUCAAUUUGGUAAUUGCCUCCAAUCUAAAUGAACAAUCAUUGCUGCUACUUGCGAAUCGUUUGUGGGAAUCCAAUGUGCCCUUUGUCUAUUGCCGUUCCCUGGGUAUGUUGGGCACCAUUCGCCUGCAAUUGAAGGAACAUUGUGUGGUCGAAGCGCACCCAGACAAUCGUCAAUACGAUUUGCGCUUGGAGCAACCAUUUGAAGCGUUGCGCGAUCAUUUGGAAGCCACAGAAGUGACCAAUAAAGUGCCAUGGCUGUUGGUGCUCUACAAAUAUUUGAAGGUUUGGCAGAAACAGCAAGGCGACGGUCGACAGGCGCCCACCAAUUACAAAGAGAAGACAAAGCUACGUGAAGCAAUCAGAGAGGAGAUGAAAUCGGAUGAGGAGAACUAUGAGGAGGCAAUCAAGGCAGUAAACACAGCAUUUGGCGCUGGCGUGGUGCCCAGUUCGCUCAAGGCCAUAUUCGAGGAUGAUGCCUGCGAGCAGCUGCAUAAAAAGAGUGACGUCUUCUGGAUUAUGGCCAAGGCAUUGAAGCAUUUUGUGGUAGAGGAUAACAAGGGACUGCUGCCACUGGCAGGCGUGCUGCCUGAUAUGACAGCCAACACUGACUCUUACAUUGCCCUGCAGCACAUCUAUCGGCAACAAGCUUUGCAGGAUGCAGAUCAGGUCUAUCACAAAUGCCAGGACUAUCUCAAGCAGCUGUCUCUGCCAGCAGACAGCAUAGAUGAACGCACUGUGCGUUUGCUAUGCCGCGAAGCGUCGGGUUUGGCUAUCCUCCGAGGCACACGCAUUGCCGAUGAGUACGAGAAGAGCUGUCGCUUGCUUCCCCUAGUGGAGGACAAUGAACUACAGGGCACUUUAACCGCCUACAACUUCGCCCUGCGCGCCUAUGAGCGUUUCCUCAGCGAGUGUGGCAGCAUUCCCGGCGAAUGUGCCGUCGAACAGGACAUCGGACGUCUCAAGAGCAUUGCCAGCAAAAUGCUCAAUGAUCUGGGCUUGCAUGUGAACCUCAGCGAUGAUGUGCUCCAUGAGAUUUGUCGCUAUGGUGGCGCCGAGUUGCAUGCGGUCUCUGCUUUCAUUGGAGGUUGUGCGGCUCAGGAGGUUAUCAAGAUCAUUACCAAACAAUACAAACCAAUUGAUAAUACAUUUAUCUACAAUGCUAUUAGCACUGAAAGUGUCACGUUGAAGUUGUAAAACAAUUCCAGUUCCCUAUUGUAAUAAUUGUUUGAAUAUUAAAUUCACCUGUGAAGACUUAA